AAAGUCAGGUAAAUACAACCUUGAUGUUUUUGUUUUAAUAGCGAUUAUACUGAUAAGUGUUUUUGUCUCAUUCUUUGUGAAAUAUUUUAAUCAUUUUAUAAAUAUUUAUAAUGUAUUUACAUAUUCGAUAAACAUUUAACAACAAAAUCAGUGAUUUCGUAAAUGGUACUAUACUUAUCAGCUGUCUGAUAAAACUCGUGAUCUUCAAUAAGAGCAAAGUCAUGCUGCCGGUCGUGUUACUGGUCUUGGGUACCACCCUAGUGGCCGCAAAUGCACCCCAAGUUACUUUACCCGAUUUGGGUCAGCUUGAAGGUACCCGCGGUACCAGUCUCAAAGGCCGUACUUUUUAUAAGUUUGAGGGAGUACCAUAUGCGAGGCCACCGGUCGGAAAGUACCGUUUUCGAGAACCAGUAUCACCAAAACCCUGGCAAGGUAUAUGGCAAGCCAAAAUUUUGUAUAAAUGUAUGCAAAACUUCCAAUACACACCACCAGGUGGUGACUUUGUCAUUGGCGAUGAGGAUUGUCUGUAUUUAAAUAUUUAUAGCCCCAAUGUUGACCCAAAUGCCAACUUGGAUGUGAUUUUUUUUAUACAUGGGGGCUGUUUUAUGUUUAAUUAUGCGGGUUUUCAAGGGCCUGAGUACUUACUAGACAAGGAUGUGGUUUAUGUCAGUAUUAACUACAGACUGGGUCCUUUGGGAUUUUUGAGUACCGAAGAUGAGGUGGUACCCGGGAACAAUGGGAUGAAAGACCAAAUUUUCGCUUUAGAAUUUGUGAAAAAGUAUAUCAGGUACUUCGGUGGAAACCCUGAUUCGGUCACAAUUUCGGGUAUGUCGGCUGGGGGUGCCAGUGUGCAUUUCCACUACCUGUCACCCAAGUCACGCGGAUUGUACCAUCGGGGCAUCUCACAGAGUGGUACUAUGUUAAACCAGUGGGUAUUAACCGAAAAACCGCUCGAAAAAGCCAAAAAAUUGGCAGCUUUGCUUGGAUGUGGUACCAAACGCAAUGACAAGAUGGUGGAGUGUUUAAAAUGGCGGCCAGGGCGUCAGAUUGUGGCCGCUGUGAAAGACUUCCAGCCUUGGUUGUACAACCCAUAUACGCCUUUUGGCCCUGUUGUAGACUCAUGGGCGCAAGAUCCGGUACUACCGGAGCACCCUUAUAUUCUAAUCAAAAAGAAAAAAAUCACCGAUUUGCCCUGGCUGGCGUCCUAUACGAGUUCUGAAGGGCUGUACCCAGCCUCAGACUUUUACAUCGAUGAGCAGUACUUGGAAGACAUUGACACUCGUUGGAACGAAAUAGUACCAUUUAUUUUGGACUACAAUUACACUGUUGAGCCCCAAUUACGUGACGAAGUUAGUCAGAAGAUUCGGAAGUACUACCUUGGAAAUAAAAAAGUGUCAAGGAGUACUUUUAUGGACUUUGUCAAAAUAACUUCAGAUCGGGUCUUUGUCAAUGGGAUUUAUGACGCCAUCCGAAUGCAAGUACCACAAAUGACGUCACCAGUGUAUUCGUACUUUUUCGAGUACCGAGGAGCUCACAGUCGGUCUGAAAGUCGGACCGGUACCAACAAAAACUUUGGGGCCGCGCAUGGUGACGAUACGGCUUAUGUUUUUAAAACCACUGUUGACACAGCAAGUACUGAGGGCGACCGAAAAAUGGUUGAACUCCUAGUUGACAUUUUCACCUCUUUUGCUAAAAAUGGAGUACCAAAAGUACCAAUCGACUGGCCUCCAGUUUCGAAAAAUUCUGACUCAAUCCUCCAAUUAAAAAUCGCAGGUCCAAACAACUUAUCUCUAAUCGAGUCGAAAUUAAAAAAUGGUGAUUUUUGGAGAAGUCUGCCAUUGAUAGAAAAUGAAAAACUUUUUGAAAAUGUAAAAGACGAACUUUAAUAAAAUUCUGGUUCCAAAUUGUCCCAUAA